GCAUCUAAAAUAAAGUUGAUGAACAUUUGUUUAUCGUUAGAAUUUCUUGUUAUCAUGGUGUUCUUAUAAUAUUUGAACAGCCGGCACGCUCAUGGCAGUGCCUCAGACGAGUCAACAUUUCAUUAAAACAUUGUUCGUCGUGCAACGCUUGGUCAUGUAAACAAACUCCCAGACAUACACUGCUCGUAGCAUACAUUUGUACAUACAAAUGUUAAAAAACAUACUUACAAACAACCGCGAACGUUAUUUGUUGUUAGCUGUGGAGUAUUAUGCAAAAACUAGUUUGCGCGGUUAUUGAACCUUUGACACUUGACUUCAGCGGUUAGAACUAUAGGCCUGCGGCUUGAUUAUUAAUUAUACCCAAAUCGGCUGGCUUCAAUAUUUGGCAGUGUCAGCAGACACGCUUUGAACUUCAAAGCAUAAAGAACUGAAAGACUAGAGACACCGCCGCAGCCACAUGCACGUUUACAAGAUGGGAAAUCGAGUGCCGGAGCUAAUUAUAUGCUCCUUUAUAGUAAUCAGCUUGUUGGUAAUACAUUUCUUCUCGGACCUGUUGCGCUUUUCGCUGGGCGGCAAUUAUGCACAGGAUGUGACACUCUCGCACAUAGUGGAGAGUCAGUCCAAGGAAUAUGCAUGGCUCUUAAAGCUGCUCGUGAAUACUUUUGGCUACAGCUGUGUCUUUGUGCCCGGCUAUCUUAUAUACAAAUAUGUACAGCGUACCAACUAUCUGGAGCGCGGCAACAAAACAUUUUUACACUUGGCCAUUAAUAUGUGCAUUACGGGCAACUCCAGCUAUGAGGCAGUGGAUGCUGCACACGCCGGCAGCAGUAGUGUGAGCGCUACGGAACGCGAGCGCCAGAACAAGCGAACCAGUUCACAGGAGGCAGUGCAGCUACUUUGGUGCUUUGGCGGCUUGAUGGUGUCUUAUCUAACUUGGGGCGUGCUGCAGGAGAAAAUAAUGACGCAAAACUAUCUAAAUUUUGCUGGUGAAAGCGCCAAGUUCAAGGACUCGCAGUUUUUGGUCUUUGCCAAUCGUUUGCUCGCAUUCCUGGUGGCACUUGGCUAUCUGCAAUGGCAGCCUGCAACAUCGCGACAUCGUGCGCCACUCUACAAGUAUUCAUAUGCUUCCUUCUCGAAUAUAAUGAGUGCAUGGUUUCAAUACGAGGCACUCAAAUUUGUCAACUUUCCUACUCAAGUGCUGGCCAAAUCCUGCAAGAUUAUACCAGUUAUGCUGAUGGGCAAAAUCAUGUCCAAGGCGAAGUACGAGUCAUACGAGUAUGCCACGGCGCUGCUCAUUUCCUUGGGCAUGAUAUUCUUCAUGUCGGGCUCCUCGGACAGCAGCAAAGUCAGCGGCGCUACCACGUUGACAGGCAUCUUUCUGCUCUCCAUGUAUAUGGUCUUCGAUAGCUUCACGGCCAACUGGCAGGGCUCGCUAUUCAAAAGCUAUGGCAUGUCCUCGCUGCAAAUGAUGUGCGGUGUCAAUUUAUUUUCAUCGAUCUUCACAGGCGCCUCGCUGUCCAUGCAAGGCGGAUUUAUGGACUCGUUGGCCUUUGCCACAGACCAUCCCAAGUUUGUCUUCGAUAUGGUUGUGCUUUCCAUUUGCUCGGCAGUCGGGCAAUUGUUUAUCUAUCAUACAAUUGAUGUAUUUGGGCCAGUUGUGUUUACCAUUAUUAUGACGAUGCGUCAGGCUGCCGCUAUCAUGCUGUCCUGCUUUAUCUAUCAGCAUAGUAUCUCGGUGCUGGGUGUAUUCGGUGUGCUCAUUGUCUUCUUGGCCAUCUUUAUGCGCGUCUAUUGCAAUCAACGCCUGAGGGCUAAACGCAAGCGCGCUGAAGCCAGCAAGCCCAGAAUUGGCGUUUAGAAUAAGGCUGCUCAAAAAUAUAACGCACAGUUUGUUCGCUCAGUCUAGCGCUAAGAUAAGUCUUGGCAUUGUGAAUUUAUUUUUCAAAAGUGUAACUUUUGUUUAUUAAGCGCGGCUAACACACAACUACUAAUUGUACAGCUUUGUUUUGUAGUUUUAAGUUGAAAGUCUCGAGGCAAUUGAAGAUUUUUAUAUGUGUAU